AUGGUUGCAAGCUCUGCCUCUCUGCUCCUUCUCCUGAUUCAUCCUCUUUUGUGCAUAUCAGCACAUGAUUUCCUCUCGCCAGGCGCAUCUCUAUCUGAAGACGAUGUGCUCUAUUCGCCGAAUGGCGAUUUCGCCUGCGGCCUCUACAAGAUCUCCCCCAAUUCCUGCACCUUCUCUAUCUGGUUCACCAACUCGGCUGACAAAACAGUUGUCUGGAGCGCAAAUCCUCUCCACCCUGUCUACACUCAGGGAUCCAAAAUGGAGUUGAAAUCCGAUGGCAGCAUGGUUUUGACAGAUAAUAGUGGCCAGAUUGUUUGGACCAACAACGUGAGCUCUUCAAAUGGUGAACAAGUUCAAGCUCAGCUCUUGAAUACUGGAAACCUCAUUGUGAAGGGCAAAGGUGACACCAUUUUAUGGCAAAGUUUUGAUUCUCCUACCGAUACCUUGUUACCCACUCAAAACAUUACUGUUCGAAUUAAGCUCACAUCUACUAACAGAUUACUUGUUCCCGGUCGCUAUAGUUUCCACUUUAAUGAUCAAUUCCAGCUUUCACUGUUUUAUGAAGAGAAUGAUAUCCCUUUUAUUUACUGGCCAAAUCCGACUCGGACUAUCUCGGGGAGGGAAAGGAUGUUGUAUAAUAUCAUACCGACCGGUACUCUUAAUAGCUCGGGGCAUUUUCUUGAAAGUGAAAAUUUAACUUUCAUGGCUGCUGAUUGGGGUCUUGGGAUUAUGAGGAGAUUAACACUAGAUUAUGACGGCAAUCUCAGGUUAUACAGUCUGAACAAUUCAAGCGGAACAUGGUCAGUCACAUGGAUGGCAUUUCCUCAGCUCUGCAAUGUACGUGGUGUGUGUGGUAUAAAUGGCAUAUGUGUGUACACACCUGUGCCUGCCUGUGCGUGUCCUCCCGGUUAUGACUUCAUUGAUCCAAGUGAUCAGAGCAAAGGCUGCAGCCCAAGAGUCAAUAUCACUUGUGAUGUACAACAGAAGGUAAUGUUUGUUAGCCUUCCAAACACUCAAUUCCUAGAUUCUGAUUUAAGUCCUCUUCGUUAUGUUUCUCUUGGAGCUUGCGAGAACAUAUGCUUGAAGGACUGCAAUUGUAUGGGGUUUGUAUAUUGGCAAGGAAUUGGUAAGUGCUAUCCAAAGUCCGUUCUUCUUAGUGGUGUAAGCUUACCUCACAUUGGUAGUACUGGCACCAUGUAUCUCAAGCUCCCUAUGGAAGAAGUGUUGGAGGAAUUACAACUGUCGGAGCAUUCAAUGACUUCAAUCCCACAGUCACAGCCUUUUGGUCCAAAAUACGGUCCUGACUGCAAUGCUAACAAAAAUUUGGACGAGCAUAAGAGUGGUCAAAAUGAAUCGAAGUAUUUGUACUUCUAUGGUUUCUUAUCAGCAAUAUUUCUUGCAGAGGUAACAUUUAUUGUAUUCGGAUGGUUUAUUUUGCGAAGGGAGGGCAAACUAGCAAGAGGAAUAUCUGAGGUUGGCUAUGAAAUGGUAACAAACCAUUUCCGUAGGUACACCUACAGAGAGCUGAUGAUAGCCACCAGAAAGUUUCAGGAUGAGAUUGGACGAGGAGCAUCAGGCAUUGUAUACAAGGGGAUCUUAAAGGACAUGAGAGCAGUAGCCGUGAAAAAGUUGUUAGACAUAAACCAGGGCGAGGAAGAAUUCAAGCAUGAACUGAGUGUGAUUGGCAGGAUCUACCACAUGAAUCUAGUGAGGGUUUGGGGAUUCUGUUCUGAUGAUCCACACAGGAUGUUGAUUUCAGAGUAUGUCGAGAAUGGAUCAUUGGAUAAAAUAUUAUUUGGUGCUAAGGGCUCACAGGCCUUACUUGGAUGGAAGCAAAGAUUUAACAUUGCUCUAGGAGUCGCUAAGGGAUUGGCAUAUCUUCAUCAUGAGUGCUUGGAGUGGGUCAUCCACUGUGACGUGAAACCUGAAAAUAUACUGCUGGAUGAAAACAUGGAGCCAAAGAUUGCCGAUUUUGGCCUUGCGAAGCUGCUAAAUAGAGGAGGAUCCAAAUUAAAUGUGUCACGGAUCCAAGGAACUAGAGGCUAUUUAGCACCUGAGUGGGUUUCAAGUCUCCCGAUAACAGCAAAGGUUGAUGUGUACAGCUUCGGAGUAGUGCUUCUAGAAUUACUCAAGGGAGCUCGUGUUUCGGAUCUUGAAACAAAUGAGGAUGAAGAGGUGGAAAUGGUCCUCGGGAGGAUAAUUAGGACACUCGCGGAAAGUUUGAAGUCAGGUGGGGAUGGACAAUCGUGGAUUGUUGAGUUCAUUGACACCAGAUUAAAUGGCCGAUUCAAUGACUUGCAAGCAAGAGCAAUGAUGAAGCUUGCUGUUUCAUGCCUAGAGGAAGACAGAGGUAGAAGACCCACCAUGGAAAGUGUGGUGGAGGUGCUUGUUUCAGUUGAUGAAGCCAGUUCUACAAUUUAG